UCUGACUUUCUAAACGCCAAAUUGCGAAAAUUGUGUACGAAAGAACGCCAUUUUCAUUUCGUGUGCAUUAUUCUGUGAUAAUUUUUAUUAAAAAAGUUAAACAAAUUUAACAAACAAAACCAACCAUAAUGUCUCAAACACAAGUGUACAGUAAAAACAACAAAAUUAAUAGUGCACUGGAUUGUUGUGAAUCGCGCACAGUACGCACAAUUAAUACAAAACAUUUGCAACAGCAACAACAACCGCAUACUGUGAAAGUGCCAUCGACAAGUAACGCAUUUGUUGUGAACAGCGGACUUACGCGUUUAGACAGUUCAAUUGAUUUCAUCAUUGGAAAUACAUGCCAAAAGUCAGCGACGAAAGCCGCUUUAACAGCGGAAAUGCAAAGCGCUGCAGUAAAUUGCCAAACGCGCUCCCACAGAAGGAUGCCGAUGAUGAAAUCCUAUGCACUCCUGCCAAUCAUUUGCAUUGUCAUAUUGGCGCAAAUUUCCACUACUUCCGGUCGAACGUUACACGGAAGAAAACAAAUUCUACACUCAUUAGAAAAUCGUCUGCAACAUCACAAGCAAGUAAUGCAGUACGAACGUGAAUUAUCGCCCAUACAUGGUGUACAACUGCAUCGUCGUCAUCACUUGAACGUACGUUCGACUAAAAUGACGACGUGCUCAGCUCUAGACAGUAUGCGAAAACAAGCGAACACGUCGCGCAGAACGCUUAUGGACAAGAUUGAUGAGUUUACUAAAGUUCGUUUCACUCAAACAGCGGAGGAAGCUUUCAAAGCCUGGAGCAAACAUAACUUAAGUUUAGAACAUCCAUAUAUGCAUUUUUACACCCUUCACAAUAUUUCAAAAACGGAAUUUCCCCAUCUAGAAGGAAAGCAAAUGAGCGAAGAAUUGCUUGUUGAAGAAAUUAGUAACAUAAUUAGAACAUUCAAAAUCUUGCAAAUCGUAUUCAAAGAAAUUGUAAACGAGAACAACAAGCAGAAUUGGUACAAUACAUAUAAUUAUCAAUACGCUACCUUAAUCAACUUUUUGGAACACACAUACGACGAGCUGACUCAAAAUAAAAAUGUUGCCAUAAGUGCACUCAAUGAAAGCACUUAUUUACGGAUUAUUAAUGAGACCAUAACACCCAAUUACAAUAGAACCGCACAGGUGAGAGAAUGGUUGAUAAUUGUGGAAAGCCUUAGCUUUUUCGAAUAUCUAAUCAACCUCUGCGAAAAAUUGAUGCAGAUGUGCAAUUAAUGUAUAUAAACGCAACAAGAAAAACAAAAAAAGCAAACUAACAAAUAAAAUAUGUACUUAUGUACAUAUGUAUAUGCCUAAGAGGCCGUCACACCCAUUCAUUACUAAUAUGUGAAGGAAUACAUAAACCAGCAAACAAUGAGGCGGAAUAAUGUUUUUCAUACAGAUUUACAAAGAAUUUCAGUGUGUGCGAUUUUUAGCGAAAGACUUCUAUAUAUAUGUAUAACCCAAUUAUGACUUAUAUUUUAAUACUAUAAAAAAAGGCUUUUGCUUUCCUAGAUUAUGAUAAUUUUCCAAUUCCUAUAAUUAAUUUUUAAUAAUUUAAUUAAACACAGUUUGUUAGAAACUUGACGGUGCGAGUGCGCACAAAAUUUUCGUUUUAUAUAUUGUAUUGAGUUUUGAAAACAACUUUUAUUCCAAAGAAUGAUUAAAUGAGGCAUAAAAAAUAAAUUUAAAAAAAUGAAAAAAAGAUAUAUGCAACAUUAAGUCGCUGGCAAACAAGUUUUUUUUUUUAAACAAAACAAAAAAAACACCAAAAACAUUAAUAGCAAUGGAAGUAAUGAGUUGUUGUUUUUCAUUUUCCACCAGUAAAUAUUUCGUGACACAUACAAAAUUGUAAAUUAAACAAAGCAUAUAUUGAAAGUAACAGCAUACUUAAAAAUAUUUCACACUUAAAUACCAGUUACCAAAAAUUACAAAAAAAUUAUAUACUAAUAUAAACGUAAGAAAUUGUAAAAUAUGUACAAACGUCAACAAUGAAGCUUAUUAAUUUAGAAACGCCAGCGUAUAAUGUAAUUAUAUAUGUAUAUGUAAUAGCGUUAAUUAAAAUAAUUACAAAUUUUAACUACACUAUAUAUUUAUUUAUUUAUUUAUUUAUAAUAUAUUUUAUAAGCAAUUAUACACAUAAACAUAAAUUAUGUAUUAAUUACAACAAAACAUUAAAGAAACACUAAAAACAUGUAAAACCGUUAUUUAUUUAUUUUUUUUUUUGAUAAAAACUCAUAGCAAUUAAAUGUAGAAAGCAACGGAAAAAAUGACAGGAAAGACAGUAGUGAUUAUGUCAUAUGAUAUCACAGGCCAUGUCAAUGGUAUGAUAAACUUUAUACAAGUAUACAUACAUAUGUAUCCAACAAUAUUACAUGUUGCUGCUCAGUCUUAACGCAUUUGUAUAACGUAAAUCAGUUCGUUUAGAGUAUUAUUAACAGUAGUGUUCACAACGUGUAUCAUAAGUUGUUAUGAUAUCACAUCGCAUAAUGCAAUGCUUCAUGACACAACCUCGUAUGACGUGAUUUGUUGCACAUGAAUAACACUGAAGGAUGUAGUAUGAUGAUUUGAUAUCACAUCGCCUGUUGCUGGUUAUAUGGCAUAUGCAUAGGUUUGGUAAUGGAUAUAUUGAUAUAACAUCACUGAUAUAUGAUAUAUGUUUGCGUAACUUGAAAUUAUAUGACACCACAUGUUAACUUGUUUAAUGUUUAAAAAACACUUGGAAAAAUUUAAAACAAUUUUUGUUAACAGACUUCAGAAGUGAACAUGUGACUCAACAUAUAUCACAACUUAAAAAGCAAAAUAUCAAUCUUAUGAUUUGAAGCCUUAUCACCACCAUGUCUUUUAAUGAUUAAUGUUGUGUUUUGAAAAGUAUAUGAAAAUUGUAGUCAGCUGCUAAUGAUGGCACUGUAGCUUAACGGUUUUAAUAAAAUACUUUAUCGCUCUUCACUUACAUAUUGUAUUUAUGAAAGAUUAGUUGUGUCGCAAUUUUACUACUCAUAUUAAUAUAUAUAUAUAUAUAUAUGUAUAUAUGUAUAUAUAUUUAAUUUCUAAUUUAUGUUGCAUUAAUAUAUGGUAAUUAUUUUUUACAUUUGUACAAAUCACAUUUAUGUAAGUAUGUAGUAUGUAUGUGGAUGUUGUUACGAAAACUAAACUUACCCAAUGAGCUGUAAAUUGUUUGUUGUACUUACUACAUGUAAUGAGCUGAUCGAAAUCUUAAAAAUAAAUAAACAAAGUGACAUUACAAUUCAAACAUGCACACAUAUAAAAUUAAAAAACCAAACGACUACAAAAAAAAAAAACUAAGUUUAAAAUUCAAGCAAAUAUGACAACAAAAUAUGGUUAAUAAAAACCCUUUGGCUAUGCAUGUACUUAAAGUAAAAUAUAAAAACUGAAUAAAAAUCAUAAAAGUAGACUAUUAAGUAUCAAAUUAUAAAGAGAAUUUAGAAUACUAACAUAAAUUAUACGAAUUAAAACUAAAGCCAUAAUAAAUAAUAGGUCUUCGAAAGCCUAACUGUUAGUCGGAAAUUCGUUCAGUUAUGUGGAUUUGGACACACAUACAUACGUACAUAAACAUUAU